AUGACGGGGAAGGAAGGGGCUGUGUUAUCGGAGAGUAUGAACAAACCGAAAUUAGUUGAAAACGGAGGGAAUAGCAACCCGCUCUUGUCAAAGAGCAUCGCAUCACACGCACCCAGGUGCACGGGCUUCGGCAUCCAGGAGAUUUUGGGGUUGAAUAAGGAGGCGUCCUCGGCGCCUCGGAGCGCGCUGGACUCCAUCCCCGGGGGCGCGCACUUGCUGGCCGCGCGCUCCGUACUUGGCCCUGCUGCCGUCGGGGUCGGUAUGGGAUUCAUCGGCCCCGGGGGUAUUCCGUCCUUCUACAGGCAGCCCUCGUUUCUGGAUGUCCUGUCAGACGCGCAGAACGUCCAUCUCCAACCUCUCAACAAGACAGCACCUCAGGAGGUCGGACAGUCUGCCAGCUCAGACUCAGAGGAUGUUUCUUCGAGUGAACGAAAAACAUCCAAGUCUUCCCUGGGCCAGAGCAAGAAGCGAAAGAAGAGGCGACAUAGGACAAUAUUUACCUCUUAUCAACUGGAAGAACUGGAGAAAGCUUUUAAUGAAGCUCACUAUCCAGAUGUGUAUGCCAGGGAGAUGCUGGCUAUGAAGACUGAACUACCAGAAGACAGAAUACAGGUUUGGUUCCAGAAUCGUCGAGCCAAAUGGAGAAAGAGGGAGAAGUGCUGGGGCCGCAGCAGCGUGAUGGCUGAAUAUGGGCUGUAUGGGGCCAUGGUGCGUCACUCCAUUCCUCUUCCAGAGUCUAUACUGAAGUCUGCCAAGGAUGGAAUUAUGGAUUCCUGUGCCCCCUGGCUACUAGGGAUGCACAAAAAAUCACUGGAGGCAGUGUCCGGUACAUCGAGCCGGAAACCAGACAUCCCACAGCAUCCAAACAAUGGCAACAUUGACGAUACUGAUACAGAGGAGAGGAGGAGCGAAUCACCCAUGUCUAAAGAGGAACUGAGGGAAAACAGCAUUGCUGCUCUCAGGGCCAAAGCACAGGAGCACAGUGCCAAAGUGCUGGGGACAGUGUCUAGCAAGAGACUCGAGCAUAAAACACAGGGAGAAAUGGAGGAGAAGUCCAGUGUGGAACACUCAGACUCCCAAGAAGAGAAAGAGAGCUCUUAGAUAUGCACUUAUAACCUUUGAUCAAACAGCAUUGUGUCUUUCUGUAGCUUUCCUUUAAACAAAUCCUGAUUAUCUCUUCUGUAUUUCCUCAGAAACCACAGGCAAACAGUGGAUCUCCUCUUACCUAGCUAGUGCUAUUUUCUUAUUCUCACUUAGAGCU